AUGCAUAGGCAUGUUUUCCUUCGUAUUGUCGAAGGUGUAACAAUUCAAGAUGCUGAAUUCUUUGUGCAAAAACCAGAUGCUACUGGAAGGAUGGGUGCAUCUAAACUACAAAAAUGCACAGCGGCUAUCAGGAUGUUGGCAUAUGGUUCAUCAUCUGAUGCUGUUGACGAGUACCUGAAAAUUGCUUCAAGUACCGCUAGAGAGUGCCUUCUUCAUUUUGUCGAAGCGGUUGUUGCUAGAUUUGGAGAUGAAUACUUGAGGAAGGCAAAUGCAAAUGACAUUGAGCGUCUCCUACAUGAAGGCGAGCGUCGUGGCUUCCCAGGCAUGAUGGGAAGCAUCGAUAGCAUGCACUGGAACUGGAAGAAUUGUCCUCGGGGCUGGAAAGGAAUGUAUCAAGGAAGAAGCAAAACAGCAACCAUAAUCUUAGAAGCGGUUGUUUCAAGUGACUUAUGGAUAUGGCAUGCUUUUUUUGGCACCCCGGGUUCAUGCAAUGAUAUAAACGUAUUGCAGAGGUCUCCCGUCUUUGAUGAUGUCCUACAAGGAAGAGCCCCAGAGGUCAACUUCUCGGUGAACGGGACAACUUAUAACAUGGGUUACUAUCUUACUGAUGGCAUCUACCCAAGAUGGUCAACAUUCAUCCCCGCAAUAAAGCUCCCCCAAACCCCCAACAAAGAGUAUUCACACAACAUCAAGAAGCUGUUUGAAAAGAUGUAG